GGACAGCUGCGUUCUGCCACCGAGGCCUAAACUGCUGCCGCCGUCGCCGCCAGCAACGACCGAAUAGCACCUGCGUUUUUUUAGCACCCGGCUCUUUCCCUCUGCAAAUCUGUCGCGGCGCUCUGAGGGACGAUCCAACAACGAGCAGCAAGAGACGAAGGCGCCAGCGAAGGAUCCACUUUCGGCGGGGAAUUCCCCCCCCUCCGCAUCCAGCUCAACCAAUCAACUCUCUUCACUCUCGUUGUUUCAUUGAAACAUCGCAUUACUGCCCGGUGUACACUCGAAACCAACCCUUCUCUGGGAUUGCUGGCUGGCUGCAACGACAGAUAGGCCACGGCUGCACCGCAUAGAGUGUAACACCCACCGCUGUUGCUAGCUGCGACACCAUCAACGACGCAGCAGCCGAGUGACCAGCAGCCAUGACUCUCGCCGACAAGGAGCAGCUGCUGAGGGCCCGGGUUCGCUACCCCUCCUACCUCAACGUGCUGCUUUUCGCCGGCACCAUGUCCGCCUGCCUGGGCGUGGUCCUCUGCUCCUACCACCUGGUGUACGCCGCCGACCCCGUGGUCUGGAUCAGCGGUCUCGCAGCGUUCGGCGUUGGCGUCGCACUGGCGCUACUGGCGCUAGCGCUGCUCGCCGCGUCGCUGCUUUUUCGACGCCAGACGCUCGAGGCGUCGUGGGUGCCCCAGAGCGUGUCGCCGUACGAGGAAGACUUCGGCACCGACUACUACUUCGGCGACGCCGACGACGCCGCGCGCGUCUACAGGCCCACGACGUACGCUGCGCCCAAGCUACUCGUCUCCAACCCGCUGGCCGCUCCCGUGGCCGCCAGCGUCUAUCGGCUCGUGUAUGGCGGAGACCCCAAGUGAAGAAAGAAAACUAAAAGGAAAACUUCGCUAUAGCGAGAAAUUCGCUCUAGUUGGUUAUCCGGUAGUAUCCAAUGAGAGCGAGUGAAAAUAGGGGGCCGACACGGAAGACACAUGCAGAGAUUGCUAUAGCGAGAAUUCGUUCUAGUGGGUUGCCCGCGAUCAUCUAAGAAGACAACUCUUUUCGACUCCCUUCUAGAGAGUCUUGCGAAAGGAGUUGUCAGCAUUCCAUUCCUUCUUGUAGACUACGCCCGAUGUGAUGAUGCGGCGGCCGCAACAUAAUACGUGGACAUACGUCACACUCUCUUGCCUUUUUUUUUUUUGAGACUAGAAGACGUGCCGAUAUUUUUUUUAUAGAAAUGCGCUCCGCGAAAAAUAGACUUAUGAUACAUUUCCGUUGACAGAGUAGGGAGGUUGCCCAGUACAGUUCGCGUGGUGAUUUCUCUCUCUCGUGAGGUGAUGCACCUAUUUCGUCUUCAAGCUAUUGAACGUUAAGCAACGGGCAGCGGAAAUUGUUAUCAGCAUUUCCACUCCCGUUGAAAUUAGUCAAUACACCUAACAAUCAUCGAAAGUAAAAGUGCAGGUGUCGGUGGUGCUUACAGACCGGGCUCGAGCACUUCUUGAGGGUGUUUCCCGAUCACUACUUCGUGCCUGCUUCACCGCGCUAGAGAGUGUCAUCGCAUGUUUUGCACCUUUAUAGGUGUGUAUUUCUGUUACACUAGCCACUUAAGUACUGUCUUCGCCACUUCAAGUAUUGUACUUUGACAUCUGUAGUGUACAUUGCUGUACACAAAUUAUCGCCACAUGUAGUCGCCAUCCUCUUGGGCAUUUUAUUUCUUGUAGUUACUAGCCGAAUGUUUCGAGAAAUUUGAAUAACGCAUUCAAGCAAUUCAAAGCAAGCAAUUCAUUGUUACGUAUUUCAAUGCCAUCCGACAUCACCACCACAUUAUCACCUCCAAGGACUUUGUAGGCGAUCUCUGAAAGUAUUCCAAAAAAAUGAAUAAAUUUAAUGUAUUGAAGGCUGCCUGUCAACUACUUUGUGAUUAGACAGGUAUUCCAAGGCGUUCUGCAUGUCGUUCCUCGUAGGACUGUACCAGGCGAACGACCUCAAUAAAAAUACCGACAAGUAUUAGCAAAGUCAUAACGUUUAUGAGCUGAUUCGUUAGCAUUAUCAUAAAUUUGUGCUAGUGUUCUCAAAACACACUGCGUAGACUACGAAGUGCCACAAUAGAUCUCCCAUCAGAGCGUAGUUAUAUUUCUAUUGUUUUCUGGAAAUUUAGCACCAUUCCCGUAACGAUCAACACGUUCAAGAAGAACAAUGAUAACACAAUAGUAGAAAUGAAAAUGAAGAGUUUCUUUCAGGAUAAGUGUGUAUUACAAUGAAGUGCAAAAAAUCGGGUAUGGAAAUUUCACUGGUUCAUGCAGCAAUCACGCGUAAAAUCGACGUUAUAUAGCGCAUGUUCUGAGCAGUUCCCACUAUUUACCCACAAAUUCCGUACACCGAUAUCCUAACUUGUGUAACGGGAACUGCAGAUUCCGUACACUAGUAGCUAGCUAAUUUAGCACCAUUCCCGUAAGGGAACCACAAAUUCCUAUAUAUUGAUUUGCACCAGAGGAACUGCAAAAUCUGUAUACCAAUAUGUUCACUUGUAUAAAGGCAACCGCGAAAUCUGUGCACCGGUACGUUCACUUGUACUAGGGGAACGGCAAAUUCCGCAAACCAGCAUGUUAACUUGUGAAAGUAAAACCGUAAAAUCCGUUCACCACUUACCGCAAGAUACAUACCGUACGCCAACGUGUUCACUCAUACAUGGCGAGAGAUAUCGUAAUAAGAAUAGUGACUCCAAUAUAUAUAGACAUUUUUUUCUCAGAACCAUUAACACGUGAUCUUAUAACGUACGAAUGUAUAUUAGCAGCUAGUAAUACCACAUGCGUGAAAGACGCAUGAAGAGUAGGCCUGUUAUACGCAGCUGAACGACUUCUUCAAAACUGCAUUUCUUUCAUAAUCCAAGAACUACACGCGAUUACGAAGCUCCGGGCAACUUGUUGAAGUUGACCUCUAAUGGUUAUCUAGCGAUAUCGGCAUCGCUGCGUAUCAUGCGGAGAUCUUGCCGCCAUCUUUUGUUCUUUCCGUACUUUUUUAUUCUUAGUAACUAUCAUACGCGUGCGCAUAAGGGGGCCAAGUUUCACCGCAGCUCUAUCUUUGGUCGAGUCCGAAAGAAGACAAGGUCCGCAGUGAAUGCAAAAAUUAAAAUAAAGCGAUGACGUACUUCUCAUAAGGGCCUGCCAUUGGCCCCCGGCUUUCCGGGGCUAAAGGCGGGAAGCAAGCAGUUCUUUCAAUGCAGCAUCAGGGGUCCUUUCUUUACAAAAAUGGGUUUAGACAGUCUAUAGACUGCCUAAAACCAUUUCUAGACAGUCUAUAGACUGUCUGAAUACAUUUUUGUAAGGGUUGGUCGCCAUUAUCUUCAAAAAAAGAAACAUGCGCAGUCAUAACCCUGCGCCCUAAAAAAUGACGUGAAAUAUCCGGCUGAGUCAAGGUAAAUGGCAAAAUUAGCGUCCCCUUUAAAUUAGGGAGGCAGACCGCCUCCCCCCGCCCCCCCCCCCCCCCCCCCCCCUCCCACCACCAUGCGCACGCCUAUGGUCACUAUGUAUAUAACCAGACAUGUGUUGUACAUAUCACUUUCCUUAGUGUUACAUGACUAUGCAAGUGACUUACUAGGCCAAUCGUGUUGGCUAUUAUUAGGCAUAAGCCCCGUUUAUUACGUGCUUCAUUCAAUGAAUGCUAAAGGCAAUAUAUUUAUUUGCGAUGUUUAUUGGGUAUGCGGAUUUUUAUCGCAGUUGUACCUCUUCAGGAAGAAGAAAAACUGCUGCAUAAAAAAAAGUGCGCAUGAAUUUUCCAAAUUCUACAAGCGGCAGUCGACUGAUGUACGGCUGUGGUGCCAAUAUCGUGAGUGAACACUUGCUUCAGCUGAACUUGUGUUGCCAAAUAAAGCGUUUCUUUGUUUAUGUGUUUCA